AUGAGUGAAAAAGACAAAAUUCAGAACCGAUCCCUUUCUUGUAGCAGUAAUUUCCGACCAUUAGAACCAUACACUUCUGCCAUUAAGCCGGGUCAACUCUAUGGACCUAUUUCGACCCCAAGUUAUGUUACCUGCAACGCUAUAGAUCCAGUCGAUUAUCGUAUUAUGCUCAAUACCAGUGGUUCUGUAGACCAUUCCUUAUUUCCCGAGUUUAUCUACACCGUACCCGACAAGAUACUACUCCUAAACAGUCCUUCCCUGCCAAUUUUAAAUUAUUACCUAGACCUGGUUGCCAAGAUUUGUCCCGCUAGCGAUCAGAUUGAAGACUCAACCAACAAGACAUUUACUUCAGGCGUCGGAUUAGUGACCUUCAUUUGCAAGCCUAAUGAAGAUGAACCAGACGAGAUCAAGACUUCUAAAAAACAUGACCUGUCAAUCCAUGUUACCCAUACUGAUUGGGAUCCCAUAGUUCAGUUCAUUGUUUGUGCUCUACUGGUAUUAGCACUAUGUUGA